AUGGAUCAAUAGCAAGAUUUAAAAGAAUUAAUUUAGCUGUAUAACAGUGCCGCAUAACUGAAGCGGAAAGCAGAAAAAAAAUUAAUCAGAUUCACUGAUUGUUUAACAGAGGAGGAUAAAAUUACGUGUGGAAUUGAUUUAAUCGAUGAAAUUAACACAAUCAGAUAAAAAAUAAAACAAGAAAGGAGAGAGAAAGCUGAUAAUAGUGUGAGAAAUUCUUACAUAUCUCUUUAAAAUACAAUGUCUGAAAAUAAUCUUACCCUAAGAAAAUAACUAAAUGAAAAAUCAAUAAGUAGUUUUUAUUGUUAUAAUAAUAAGUGCUUGAAUAAGAAAAAAUAAAUUUUCGAGAAUAAAUUGAAGCAUCUUAAUCUUAGUUGAACAAGCUUAAAGAAGAGUUAGAGAUCUUGAGAGACAGUAAUUAAAUAAAUAAUUAUUUUAGGCAAUUUGGAUGAGAUUAAUUAAUUAAUCUUGAAAAACUAAUAAUUAGAUGAGAUGAUCAAUUAAUUAAAUACGGAACUUAUCUAAACUUAAAACAGUAUUUUUUUUGAUUAUUUUGAAAGGGUUAUAAAUGUAUAAAGAUGAAGAAGAAAGGAAAAAGUCGUUUUACUCCUUAAUCGAAAACCUUAAAACUGGUAUUUUAUAAAAAUUGAUUAAUAGCUAUUAUAAAUAAUUAUGACAAUAUAGUUCCAACUCUUAAAGAUGCAGCAGCUCCAAUUGAGAAUCCAAAUAAAUUGGAAAAAUAGGAUAUUAUCUAAGAUGAUAAACCAUUAAACUAAGAAAAUUUGAUAUAAAAUAAAAUGAAGUAACUUUAUCAGAUCUUAAGUGAUAAAUAAAAAAACUUGCAUUAACAAGCUGAAGAAUAAUUUAUUUAAAUUGAAAAUGGGAUAACGAAUAUGGAAGAAUUUCUUGAUAGAAUCAUUGACUAAGAAGAAUCAAUUAAAGAAAAAAACAAAUUUCGCAGUUUAGGAACAAGUUAAGACCUCACAAAUCAUUAAUAUUUUGAGGAUAAUGAACAACAACAGUUGUAAAAUCAACUAGGAUAGUAAAUAUAAAGUAAAAAAUAAUUUUAUAAUUAAGAUUUUAAAUAAAACUUGUAAGAAUUGAAAGAAGCAAAUCGAAUGCUCCUAAAAAAUCACAAACAAAAUUAAAAAAGAGUUACUACUCCUUUAGUUUGUAAUAAUAAUUUAAUUAAUUAUAGAAUUGGGAUAAAAUUUUGAAACAUUGGCUAACCAACUACAAUAGAUAUAUGAAAAAAGAGAUGAACAUGAAGAGGGCUUAUAAGCCUAAAUUGAUUUUUUAGGUAAAAUUUAAUGAUCAUUUUUAGAUAAUGUAGUAGAUUAAAUUAAAAUUUAAAAAAAAAAACCUUAAAAUGAUGAUGAUAAAGAAAAUUUUAAUGACUGUAAUAAUGAACCAGACAACAAUUAAUUAAUUUAAGAUUAAAUUAAAAAUGAAGAUUAGAUUAUCCCUUUUCAAAAAGAUAAUAAAAAAUCUGAUGAAAAAAUAUUAAAUUUUGAAAUGCAAAAAAAUUAAGAAAAUAACGCAUUAUUAGAUUUAAGUUAAUAGCUAUAAGAUUUAGAAUAAUAAAAUUUUAAUUUGAAAAUUGAUGUUGAAGACAAAAAUUAAUAAUUGAAGAAUUAAAGAGAGAUAAUUUUAUAACUCUAAAAUUAGGUAAAAGAUCAGGCUUUAAUAAAUUCAAAUCAAAAUGACGAAAUCAAAAUAAGGGAUAAAUAGCUAUUAUUUUUAUCAAAUAGAUUAUAACAAAUUGAAGAGGUAAGAAGUUAAUAAGAUCCUUAAACGUUGAACGAAUUAAAAAAAUACAUUCAUGAAUUAGAAGAAUUAAAUUAAGAAUUGCUUAAUGAAAUAGAAUAGUUGAAAUAGAGUAUUGAAGAGCUUUAAAAUGAGACUUACAAUAAAAAUGAUGAGAUUCCUAUAAACUAAAAGAAAAGUGAUAAGUUAUCUAAUAAAGACGAUGAUAAUUAAAAAAAUGAUAUUGAAAUUGAGAGGAAAAAUGAUUAGAAUAACAAAAAUGAUGAUUAAUAAGGUGAAAAUAUAUAGAAUUUUGAAAUCAAGUAAUAAGAAAAUCUUUUUAAUUAAUUUGAUGAAAUAAAACUCAAUACUAAUUAAUUAUCUGAGAAGAGUGAUUUAGAUGAAAAAGAAUAAUCUAAUUUUUUUAAAGAUUAAUAAUAAAAAAUGGAAUUGGAUAAAAAAGUAUAAUGUAGAAUGAUUAAUGAAUAAAAUGAUUUGUGCUAAAACAUAGGAGAAAACUUAACAAAAUAAAAAGUAAAUUCAUUACAAAAUGAUGAUUAGCAAACUUCGGAAAAUGAUUAAUACAAUAAAAAGAUAUUAUAUGAUUAACAAGAUUUUGAGGUUAACUAGAACUCAAAAAAAUUAGAUGAAAAAGUUUCAAAUUUACAAAAAGAUAUGGUAGUUGUACAUUAAUUUGAAUAGGAAAAAGAAGAUAUAAAAAAUAUAUUAAAAAACUAUUCCUUAAAAAAUGAAGAAAAAGAAUCUUAAAAAUAAUGCGAAGAAAAUUAAAAUCCUUUAAAUUAGUAAGCUUUAAGCGUAUAAUAAGAAUAUGUAUCAUAAAAAGAAAUUAAUUCAGUAAAGAUUGAUAAAGUUUACAAUUAUGAAGAGAAUGAAAAAAAGAGAAAAUGUAAUGAAUAAGAAUAAGGAUAAAUAAACACUGAAUAUGAAUAAAAAUUAAAUCAAUUUAAUGAGUAAGUACAAAACUUAGAAUCAAUUAAAUAAGAGUAAGAAUAAAAUAUCAAUCCAUUAAAUUUGAAAGUUUAGGAUUUAGAAUAAACUAAAUAAGAAUAAGAAUAAAUCGAAUCUGAAUACGAAUAAAAUAUCAAUCAGUUGAAUGAAUAAGUUCAAAACUUAGAAUAAAACAAAUAAGAAUUAGAAGAGAUCAAAUCUGAAUAAGAAUAAAAUAUCAAUUAAUCGAAUGAAUAAGUUCAAAACUUAGAAUAAAACAAAUAAGAAUUAGAAUAGAUCAAAUCUGAAUAAGAAUAAAAUAUCAAUUAAUUGAAUGAAUAAGUUUAGAACUUAGAAUCAAUUAAAUAAGAAAAAGAGUAAAAUAUCAAUUAAUUGAAUGAAUAAGUUUAGAACUUAGAAUCAAUUAAAUAAGAAUAAGAAUAAAAUAUCAAUUAAUUGAAUGAAUAAGUUUAGAACUUAGAAUCAAUUAAAUAAGAAUAAGAAUAAAAUAUCAAUUAAUUGAAUGAAUAAGUUUAGAACUUAGAAUCAAUUAAAUAAGAAUAAGAAUAAAAUAUCAAUUAAUUGAAUGAAUAAGUUUAGAACUUAGAAUCAAUUAAAUAAGAAUAAGAAUAAAAUAUCAAUUAAUUGAAUGAAUAAGUUUAGAACUUAGAAUCAAUUAAAUAAGAAUAAGAAUAAAAUAUCAAUUAAUUGAAUGAAUAAGUUUAGAACUUAGAAUCAAUUAAAUAAGAAUAAGAAUAAAAUAUCAAUUAAUUGAAUGAAUAAGUUUAGAACUUAGAAUCAAUUAAAUAAGAAUAAGAAUAAAAUAUCAAUUAAUUGAAUGAAUAAGUUUAGAACUUAGAAUCAAUUAAAUAAGAAUAAGAAUAAAAUAUCAAUUAAUUGAAUGAAUAAGUUUAGAACUUAGAAUCAAUUAAAUAAGAAUAAGAAUAAAAUAUCAAUUAAUUGAAUGAAUAAGUUUAGAACUUAGAAUCAAUUAAAUAAGAAUAAGAAUAAAAUAUCAAUUAAUUGAAUGAAUAAGUUUAGAACUUAGAAUCAAUUAAAUAAGAAUAAGAAUAAAAUAUCAAUUAAUUGAAUGAAUAAGUUUAGAACUUAGAAUCAAUUAAAUAAGAAUUAGAAUAAAAUAUCAAUCAGUUGAAUGAAUAAGUUCAGAACUUAGAAUCAAUUAAAUAAGAAUAAGAAUAAAAUAUCAAUUAAUUGAAUGAGAAAGUUUAGAACUUAGAAUAAAACAAAUAAGAAUUAGAAUAGAUCAAAUCUGAAUAAGAAUAAAAUAUCAAUUAAUUGAAUGAAUAAGUUCAGAACUUAGAAUCAAUUAAAUAAGAAUAAGAAUAAAAUAUCAAUUAAUUGAAUGAAUAAGUUCAGAACUUAGAAUCAAUUAAAUAAGAAUAAGAAUAAAAUAUCAAUUAAUUGAAUGAAUAAGUUCAGAACUUAGAAUAAAACAAAUAAGAAUUAGAAUAGAUCAAAUCUGAAUAAGAAUAAAAUAUCAAUUAAUUGAAUGAAUAAGUUCAGAACUUAGAAUCAAUUAAAUAAGAAUAAGAAUAAAAUAUCAAUUAAUUGAAUGAAUAAGUUCAGAACUUAGAAUAAAAUAAAUAAGAAUAAGAAUAAAAUAUCAAUUAAUUGAAUGAAUAAGUUCAAAACUUAGAAUAAAACAAAUAAGAAUUAGAAUAGAUCAAAUCUGAAUAAGAAUAAAAUAUCAAUUAAUUGAAUGAAUAAGUUCAAAACUUAGAAUAAAACAAAUAAGAAUUAGAAUAGAUCAAAUCUGAAUAAGAAUAAAAUAUCAAUUAAUUGAAUGAAUAAGUUCAAAACUUAGAAUAAAACAAAUAAGAAUUAGAAUAGAUCAAAUCUGAAUAAGAAUAAAAUAUCAAUUAAUUGAAUGAAUAAGUUCAAAACUUAGAAUAAAACAAAUAAGAAUUAGAAUAGAUCAAAUCUGAAUAAGAAUAAAAUAUCAAUUAAUUGAAUGAAUAAGUUCAAAACUUAGAAUAAAACAAAUAAGAAUUAGAAUAGAUCAAAUCUGAAUAAGAAUAAAAUAUCAAUUAAUUGAAUGAAUAAGUUCAAAACUUAGAAUAAAACAAAUAAGAAUUAGAAUAGAUCAAAUCUGAAUAAGAAUAAAAUAUCAAUUAAUUGAAUGAAUAAGUUCAAAACUUAGAAUAAAACAAAUAAGAAUUAGAAUAGAUCAAAUCUGAAUAAGAAUAAAAUAUCAAUUAAUUGAAUGAAUAAGUUCAAAACUUAGAAUAAAACAAAUAAGAAUUAGAAUAGAUCAAAUCUGAAUAAGAAUAAAAUAUCAAUUAAUUGAAUGAAUAAGUUCAAAACUUAGAAUAAAACAAAUAAGAAUUAGAAUAGAUCAAAUCUGAAUAAGAAUAAAAUAUCAAUUAAUUGAAUGAAUAAGUUCAAAACUUAGAAUAAAACAAAUAAGAAUUAGAAUAGAUCAAAUCUGAAUAAGAAUAAAAUAUCAAUUAAUUGAAUGAAUAAGUUCAAAACUUAGAAUAAAACAAAUAAGAAUUAGAAUAGAUCAAAUCUGAAUAAGAAUAAAAUAUCAAUUAAUUGAAUGAAUAAGUUCAAAACUUAGAAUAAAACAAAUAAGAAUUAGAAUAGAUCAAAUCUGAAUAAGAAUAAAAUAUCAAUUAAUUGAAUGAAUAAGUUCAAAACUUAGAAUAAAACAAAUAAGAAUUAGAAUAGAUCAAAUCUGAAUAAGAAUAAAAUAUCAAUUAAUUGAAUGAAUAAGUUCAAAACUUAGAAUAAAACAAAUAAGAAUUAGAAUAGAUCAAAUCUGAAUAAGAAUAAAAUAUCAAUUAAUUGAAUGAAUAAGUUCAAAACUUAGAAUAAAACAAAUAAGAAUUAGAAUAGAUCAAAUCUGAAUAAGAAUAAAAUAUCAAUUAAUUGAAUGAAUAAGUUCAAAACUUAGAAUAAAACAAAUAAGAAUUAGAAUAGAUCAAAUCUGAAUAAGAAUAAAAUAUCAAUUAAUUGAAUGAGAAAGUUUAACAUUUGGAAUAUAAUUUAUAAGAUUUAGAAUAUAUCAAUAAUAAUUUAAAAGAAUCUUAAAAUCUUCUCAAAGAUAAAUACUUUAUUUUAGAAACUUAAUAAACAUAAUUUGUCUAAGAAAAAAUACAUCAAGACUAUAUUAUCAAUUAAUUAAAUGAAAGUCUUAAUCACUUAAAUUAAUAUAAAUAAUAAACGUAAUAAAAUUUCAAUUAAAUACUUUAACAUGCUAAUCAAUCUUUUACUAUCUUAUCAUAACUUUAACAUCUAUUUAGUAAUGCCAAUGAACUAAUGAUAGAAAAAGGCUUUAUGAGCUUAGACUUACGAGAAGCCGAAUAACUAUGUUCAUCAUAAAAUACGUUUUUAUUAAGUAUCAUUUAUUUAUAAUUAGAUCUAAUUUAAAUACUUUCCCCAAAUUUUGAUCCUCAUUAAUAAAUCGUUUUUCAUGAUCGAAAAUCAUAAUCAAUUAAUUCGGAUUAAGAUUUAUAUUUAACUUAUACUUACAAUGAUUCAUAAAAUAAAAAUACUAUAAAUUAGAAUUAAUUAUAGAAUCCAUCUUGUGUUACUAAUUAAAAUAUGCUAGAAAUUGAUCCACCCAUCACCUAGUUUAAGGAAAAAAUUGAAAAAUUGUAAAAUCGUAUAGAUUUUCUUAAUGAAACUUUAAUAAGUACUAAAUAGCAGAAUACAAAGUUGACAAAAGAUUUUAUUGAUUUGAUCUUAGCUCAUGAUAAAAUCAUUUUAAGUACUUUUAUAUAUUCUAAGUUAGGUCUUUAAACUGAAUAAUCAUAAUCACAAAAUUUAGAAGUUAAUAAUAUCAUAACAGAAUAAUAAGAGAUAUUCUAAAAUAUAUUAAUAUCCGAUUAAAAAAAUACAAUAGAAUAGACCAACCCUGAAGAACUGAAAAGAGUAAUCAAAGAUCAAUAGUUGCAGUUAGAUUAAAUGAGUCAUAGAGCACAAUAAAAGAUUUAACAUCUUUAACAACAAAUAAAUUUACUUUCAUUAGACCUAAAAUAGUAACAGAAACUUCGACCAGUUAUUAAUGUUAAUGAUACACUUUUGGAAAAAAUAACGUCAUUAGAAAGUAAUUUUUUAGAUCAUAAUAAUUAGAUUUUAAUGAUUAAAUGAGGUAAAUCAUAACUUCAAAUACAAAUGAAAUUUAGAACCUUAAUGAUUAGAUCUAACAAAAGAACCGAUGUAUAGAAUUUUAAUAUUUAGAUUUUAAUAAUGAGCAAGAAUUGUAUAAAAGGUCAUUAGAAUAAUUGCAAAAAUCAUAAUUAUCCUACAUUAAUCAGAUAGAGGAUAUGACAUAAGAGAUAAUUAGUAUAUUAAUUAAAAUAUAGUAGAAAAAAAUACGGAGAUAAGUUAGUUACAAGAAGAAAUUUAGACUUUAUUAUUAAAAAACUAGAGAUUGAGUGAGCAACAAGAACUUAAUAACUAUUAUGAAGAAUAAAUGAAAAGUAUAGUUAUAAAUAAAUUAGUACUUCAAAAAUAAUUAGAAAAAUCAAAAUAAAAUAUUUAAUAAUAUUCCUAAGUUAACUCUCCAUAAGUCGAUAAUAAAUCAAUCUUUGGAGAUGAUGAUAAAUAUAAAAAGUUAAUAAAUAGUUUGAAUGAAGAGAUAAAAUUAAGCAAACUUUAGGUUUCAUAAUUUUCAACAUCCAUCUCUUAUUUAAAGUAGGCUUAAAAGGAAAUUUCUAAUAGAUUGAGAAGAAUUUUGAAUAUUCCAUUUGAUUAAAAAGCUGAUCUUUAAGAAAUGCUUAAUUAAAUAGAAGAAUAAUUCGAUAUGAUAUCUUAAUUAUAACCUAAGAAAAAAUUAAUUGGUUUUUCUGAUACAACAAAGUACUUAUUAGGAAAAACUCCAAAAGGAUCGAACGAAACAGAAUCUAAAAAAAAGAUGCCCGAAAAUAUGGUUUAGUCAAAGGAUAAAGAAAUUAAUUAAGAAGAAAUGUAAAUAUAAAGUUAUAUCAUAUCAGUUCGGUUGAUCUAGAUUAAAUUUUGAAUGAAGAAGACUCGGAAUAGGAAAAUUAAUAAAAUAUUUAAAUAACUUAAUUUGAAUAUGAAAAAUAAGUUAAUUCCAUACUACAAGAGGAGGAUGAUAUAGAAAAAAGUAGAUAAAUAAGUCUAUCAAAAAAUGAUGAUGAAGUAAAUGAUGAUAAAUAAGGAUAAACAGAGAAAAAUGAGGAAUUUUAAGAACUUAAAGAAGAAAUUCCUGAAUUAGAAAUAGCAUAUGCAAAUAAUUAGAAAUUAAUGAUAUAGUAACAACAGGAACAUUAAGAAUCAAUUUAAAAUUUACAAGAAUUGAUAGAAAGUAAGUUAUUAUUUAUAAUAGACUUAUAAUAAAUAAUUUAGUAAUAAAACUUAAAAUUAAUAAGCCAAGAAGCUUAAUUAGAAAAUAAUUUUAAAAACCUAAAAUAACAAUAAGAUAUAAUUGCUUGUUUCUAAAAUUAAUUAGAGUUAGCCAAAAAAGACUUGAAAUUGUCAAGUCCAGAAUUUAGAGAAAAUUAAAAAGAGUAUGAUUCAUCUAAUGAUUUAAAAAAUGCAAUUCUACAAUUAGAAUAAGAAAAAUUCGAGCUUGCUGCUUAAUUAAACGAAGAAAUCACAAGAAAUAAGGAAUAAAAGGAAUAAUUUUUUGAAUCAAUCUCAAUAAGAGAUAAUAUUAUUUAAUGUAAAAGAAUUAUAUUAUUUUAGAUUUGUAAACACAAUUAGCAAUAAAAUCUUCAGAUUAUGAACCUAAAACAUCUGAAAGAAGUUUAAAUUUAUAAAAUUAAUAUGAAUCUAGUUAGGAUAACUAAUAAUCAAAUAUCGACGAAAGAAGUAAAUUUUUUUUUAAAGGUAGUGUUAACUCAUGAGGAAGCAAGAUUUGUUAGAUCAAUUCAAGAGUAAGAAAAUGAAAUUGAUGAAAAUUAAAGCAUUUAAUAAUAGCAGAUUCCCCGCCUGUAACUUUAGACUUAGCAACUAAGAAUUAGAAAUCCAAGACCAACAAGAUGUUUGAGAAGCAGUGGAUCAUAAGAUCAUUAUUAAAGUAUAUAUUUCAUUUAAAAUAGAUAAUUAAAUAAAAUUAGAUCAAAUAGAAGAAGAUUAUUAAGAGCAAAUUAAAUUUUUAAUUAAUGAAAAAUAUUAAAUGAAGGAAUGCUUAUAAAAGGAUAUUGAAAGCAAAGAAGAAGAAAUAGAAGAAAUGAAGAUGGAAUUAGAUAACUUAUAAUAAAGGUUAAUCGCUCUUGAUAUAGCUAAUAAUGAUAAAUAAAAGGAAUUAGAAUAAUUAAAUCAAUAAUUGAGAAAAUUAGAAAACUAAAAUUAAAGUACUUUUAUAUUCAAUCUUAUAGGUCUCAAAAAUCAUAAUAAUAAUAUUGAAAGUCAACUUAAUUCAUAGCUACAAUCAUUUGAAGAAUAAAGGAAAGUUGUUGAAACCACUCACAGAACAAAUGAUGAAAUUUAGAAAAAAUACGACAUAUUACUACAGAAAUAUUUGAGUAUAUAUUUAUAUGAUUAAAUUUAGAAUUGGAAGAUGAUCAUAAUAAACUACUUGAAUAAUAAGAAAAUGAUUUAGCUAAAAUAAACUUUUAUAAUGAAUCCUUAAAAAAUAUGCAAGAUUAGGUAGAAAAGUCAAAGGAAAGAAUUUGUAAGACUUUACUUUAGUCACCAAGUGGUGAUAGAGAUCAAAAUGAAGAAAAUAAAUUUAAAUAGCAGAUAAAUCGACUUAAUGAUGAGUUAAGAAUAAGUAAAUUAUAGGUAGCUCAAUUUUCUGCAACUAAUCUACAAUUAAAAUAAAAGCAUUAAGAAUUAGUUGUUAGACUUCAAUAACUAUUUAAAUUAUAAUUUUAAGAAAAUGAUGAUGCUGCAUAAAUAAUCCAUUAAAUUGAGUAGUAUAUUUAGGUUAUGGAUCAAAAUAGUCCUGUUAAAGUUUAGAAAAAAUUAGGAAUGAAUGAUGCUACUCGAUUUUUAUUAAAUAGGUCAAGUAAAUCACGAUCCUCUUAAGGUUCAAAUAGGCCUUCUUUAUAAUAAUAAAAUUAAAUACCUUCAAGGGAAAGUCCGCAGAAGACAGAUAAUUUAAUGUAUUUUUAUAUUAUAAUUUAUAGUGAACUUGAUAAAAUACUUGAUGAAUCAGAUUUUGAAAAAGAGAUUUCCUAAUAGUAAAAUUUCUUUUUUGAUAAUAAUUGAUACCAAUAAGAGUAAAUGAC